GGCGCCGGCGGCCGGCGCGCCAGUCGCGGCCUGGCCGCGGCGCCGGCACACCACGAUGCCCGGUGGCCGCGAAUUGGCCGUGCUGAGCCGGCGGCUGCUGUCGGGCAGCCCGCGCCCGCAGGCGGCCGCCGCCCUGCCGCGGCCCCUGGAGGCGGCGCGCCCGUUCGCGCAGAUCCCGCGGCCGCGCCGGCCCGACGGCGACCACCUGGCUGACCUGGCGCGCGCCGGCGGCCCCAGCCGGCUGCACGAGCUGGUGGACGGCCGGCACCGGCAGCUGGGCGGCCUGUUCGUCGAGUCGAUCCAGGGCGCCGAGGUGGUCUUCGUGGCCGACAGCGAGCUGAUCCGACAGGUGCUGCAGCGCGACGCGGCGUGCCCGCAGUUCCUGGUGCCGCAGGCGUGGACCGUCUUCAACCAGCUGCACGGCUGCCAGCGCGGCCUCUUCUUCAUGACUGGCGAGCACUGGAAGCACCACCGUCGCAUCAUGAACAACUACCUGCUGAAGCCGAGCGCGCACCGGCACACGGCGGCGUUCAACCAGGUGGUGAGCGGCCUGCUGUCGAGGUGGGAGAACCAGCUGGACGGCAGGGUCACCCGCACGGAGGACGAGCUCUACACCUACAGCGUCGAAAUCAUGGCGGCGGUGCUGUUCGGGCCCGGCCAGAGUUUCGGCUGGGUGGACGGCGCGCCCACGGAGGCCACAGACACGCGCCGGUUCGCGGCGCUGGUGCGGCGCAUCUUUAGCACCUCGGCGGCGCUGAGCACCACGGACGCGGCGGCGGCCGCGCGCCGCGGCACUCCCGAGUGGAGGGAGUUCGAGCAGGCCGUCCAGGAGGGACUCGACAUCUGUCGAAACUACGUGGAGCGGAAGCUGACAGAGGUGGAGGCGCAGCUGGCGGCCGGCGAGCCCACCACCGGCAUCAUCGCCGAGAUGCUGCAAAACGGCGAGGAUGUCAGCCGCGAGGAGAUCGUGCGCAUCGUGGCCGACCUGUUCCUGGCCGCCGGAGACACGACGGCGCACAGCACCUCGUGGGCGCUGUACCAGCUGGGCCGGGACGGGGCGCUGCAGCGCCGGCUGGCGGCGGCCGUGCGGCGCGCGGUGCCGGCCGGCAGUCCCACCAUCAGCUCGGAGCAGCUGGAGCGCGUGCCGCUGGUGCGCGCCGUGGUCAAGGAGACACUGCGCCUCUACCCGGUGGCGCCGUUCCUGACGCGGCUCAUCCAGAGCGACACCGUCAUCGGCGGCUACCACGUGCCGGCCGGGACACCGCUCUGCGUGUCACUGUUCAGCUCCAGCCGCGACAGCCGCUACUUCCCGGCUCCGCUGCAGUUCCUGCCGGAGCGCUGGCUGCGCCCGGACGGCCGCGGCGCCGGCGCCGCCGGCUGCCCCGCGCACGGCCAGCACGGCGCGCUGGCCGGCUCGGCGCACACAGAGAGCGGCCUACGCCACCGGCACGCCUGCAUGCCGUUCGCCGGCGGCGUGCGCGGCUGUAUCGGGAAGCGGGUGGCCGAGCUACAGAUGCAGCUGCUGUUGGCGCGGCUGGUGCACCAGUUCCAGCUGGGCACGGAGAACCGGCGGCCGGCCCAAUUCGUGAUGCGCAUGGUGGGAGUCAUGUCGGACGAGCUGCAGCUGACGCUGCGGCCCAGGGACGACUGACGAGCGACCAGUAGCGGCGGAAGAGGUGGCUGACUCCCGGGACCGGCUGUGCCAGAGACGGCCAGGCGGCCGGGUGCAGAGCUCGCCCCGCUGAGGGCAGGUCUGGGUCAGAGCUGGUCCCUCAGAGGCCGGUUGGGAUCAGAGCUGGUCCAACUGAGGGUCGGCGGCUACCCUGCAGCUGAGGUAGAGUUCGUAAUCUGUGUGCGGCAGAGACGGACAGAGCACGGGCGACGUGGACAGCUACGUGCGGUGACCACUGCGCUGGUGAAGGAUGCCAUGUCGCUGUCUAAUAUUGAAGAGAAGGUACUAGGAGUGGCUUCGUCAGUGUGCCGCUUUUAUCGCACACACCAACGCCAACUAACCGAAUUACUGUAUACCGCACCGAAGUAUGUACAAAAGAGUUGUCUCGACUCGCCUGCUUUUGCAACCACCCGAUGUUACCACGCGUUACCGAAGCCGUGUGCCGCUAUCUGCCGGACUGACCAGGGUGUUAUUGUCAGUCUGCUGGCCGCCGCGUGUCGCCGGAGCGGAGCAGCCCGUGUUGUACCGUUUGUCGACUGGCAGAGGCGUGGACUGUUGUAAGCGAUCCUGUUGGAACUCGGAGCGCGCCGUUUGGAUGCUGGCGGAGCUGCCUCGACCUGUUAUGGGGCAGCGGAAUGGUGACGGGGUGGCAACUGUCCACUCGUUUACCCCGUGCGGGACUGGGGACGUGGGGACGGAUGUGCUCCGACUGAGAGACAUCUGCGCGCCUCUUAGGCGGCGUACAAUGUUUGGCUGCUGUUCAAUGUUCAGGCGCAGUGGAGUGGACCGCCAUAGGGCGACGGGCGACGUCUUGUGCGUGCUGGGGAGCUGUUGUGAUACGAGCGUUUGAAGCCGUGCUGUUGUGAAACGCAGCUGUGAAUCCAGGGUACAUCAGCUUGUUACUGUGCUGUGGUCGUGGCGCGCGUGCGAGUUUGUGACGGGUGCGUGGUAAUGUGUGUGAGGAGAGGAUAACUGAGUGUGGGACCGAGAGGACAGUGUGAGAGUGGGACCAAGGGGACGGAACACAGAGACCGCACGACAGUCAGUGGCGUCGUUUUGUUUGCUCGUGCUGUGCUGUUGCACCUGUUUUGAUAGUGAGGCUUUUUGUUCAAUGUCCAGCAAAUGGCUAAAUAAAAACAAAUAUGCUUUA